GCGGGAAUUUGCCUGAAUUUUUUACAUGCGCGAGCUUAGGCGAUUUAUGGUUUGAUAUAUCCACCAGAUGGCACCUAGUGUCAGCGACGUCAUUUUGCACUAGACGCCCGGUCGAUACCAAUAAGUAGAGUGAAAAACUGUCUAUAUGGAGAUCGUCUCAUUUUGACAAUGUCAACCAGGCGCUAUAAGACAAAAAUCAAUGGUUGAUCGAUAAAGGAUUAUCUCUAGAUAUCAUUUAUUGGCCGAAACCAGAAAACCGCAAUACAGACGUUUCUACUGUAUACGACCGACUUUACACUGUAUACUAUGAAUAAUUAUCAACUAUGCAAUCCUAUAACGGAUGGCAGAUGAGACAGAUAGAUAAUAGACGAAAAGAGGAUGAAGCCCAAGCGGAUGUUGGAAUGGUCACUGUCCUGCAGGAAUCGCAGAUGCUCAAGAGUGAAUUGGUUCUUCAUGAAGCGGCAAGAACGGAAAACAUUCCAAAAAUUAGGGAACUUUUGGGAAAGGACGUCGAUAUCAAUUCUCGAAACAACCUAGAUAGAACAGCGUUACAUCUGGCUGCCGCCUGUGGAAAGACAAAAGUGAUUGAAUAUCUUAUCAAACAUGGAGCGGCAAUCGGUGCUCAAGAUAAGUAUGGUAUGCGUCCAAUUUCGUGGGCAGCCUGGUUUGGUCAUCUAGACGUUCUAAAAAUCUUAGUCAAUUUUGGUGCGUCACCUAUAGUUAUAAAUAAGCAAGAAUUUAAUAUUCUGCAUUGUGCUGCUCAGAAUGGUCAUUCGCUUGUUGUGGAAUAUAUUCUUGAUAAAAUAACCGAAAUAAAUAUCAAUUCUGUGGAGAAAAAGGGAAAAACUUCUCUACAUCUUGCCUCUGAAGCUGGCUUUUCUAAUGUUGUUGAAAUUUUGUUAAAAGCUAAAAUCGAUGAUUCAUUAGUUGACAAACAAGGAAGAACAGCAUUACACUAUGCCGCGGACGCUGGUAGAUUAGACGUUAUUGAGAAAUUGGUGCUAAACGGUAACGACGUUAAUAAAGGUGAUAAUGAGUUUGAUCGGCCUAUCCAUUUGGGAGCUUUCCAAAAUCAUUCGGAAGUUUGUCAGCUUUUGACGAAAUCUCUGGCCGACAUAAAUGCUCAAAAUAUAAAAAAGGAGACACCUCUUCACAUAGCUUCUUGUCAAGGUCAUAUUGAAACGAUGCAAAUAUUGAUAGAAAAUGGUGCCGAUAUCAACGCUCAAAAUCUGAAACUGAACACACCUUUACAUUGUGCAGUUUCUAGUAAUAAAUUAGAUGCCACCAAGUGUUUAUUAGACGCCCAUUGCGACCUUAAUCUUCAAAACGCGAGAGAGCAGACUGCUUUACACAUUGCGGCGGAGGAAGAUUGUUUAGCUGUUGUUGAAAUUUUACUAACAAACGGAGCUGAAAUGCACUUUAAGGAGAAAACUGGCAAAACUUGUUUACAAGUAGCUGCAAGAGCGGGAAACGUCAAUGCUGUUGACAUGCUAAUAAAAGCUGAUAGGCAACGGGCUUUACGUAUGCUUAAUGCUACUUGCACAGAAGAUAAUCACAGGUGUUUCUACGGGGAGGAAUGUGGUUUGUUAAAAGAAGACAAUGGUGAAGAGAAUUCAUUGUCUAAAAUUGAAUAUGAAGAUAAGUUAGUAGAAAUUUUGUUCACUCUCUCUCAGCGCCAUCUGAAGGCAGCUGACUGGAAAAGUCUUGCUCAUUAUUGGAGAUUUAGCGACGAACACGUUAAAUCUAUUGAACAUCAAUAUACAGGAAAUGAUAGUUAUAAAGAACAUUCUUAUAGACUUUUAUUAAUAUGGCUCUAUGGGAUUCCAAGGUCAGAAAAUGCUCUUAAAGUUUUAUUUGAGGCGCUCUGCGCUAUUGGUAGGAGAACUUUGGCAGGUAAAAUUAAAAGAAAACAUCAAAUAAUUAAAUUGAUUACACAACAAAAGAAAUUGUUGUUACAUUUCCUAUUAUACAUUUUAGAACGAGUCCGAAAGAAGUGCAGUAAUUCAACAUCGAAUCAGCUGUCAAGAAGAACAUCUUCCUGUAGGAUGUCGUAAUAUCAAUUGAAAACUCUAAUCAUUAUAUGCAACGUAGAAGUUAACAAAAAUAGCUAACAAAGGAGUUUAUAAAUAAUAAUUAACCAAUCAAACAUUUAGGUUAAUUAAAAGAAAUUAUAAAACAAAUUUGAUUAAUAGCUAAGUUAGUUUUCAUAUUGAUAUAUAUAUACUUCUUUGAAUUCCCUUUAUUUAUUAAUACAAUGUACAUAUUUUUACAAGUUACUUUAGAUAAAAAAUUUAGUAUUUAAUUGGUAAAUUAACAAAUAAAAGAACUCUUCG